UAUAGUGCAAUGUAAUGUAACAGGUGACAAGUUGUAAAUUUUAAUUGCCUAGCAAAAUUAAGUCCAUGUUCAAGUCUUAUAAUUUAUUUUAUCCAUUCCCAGUCAUAAGUUUUCUGAAGAAGUCUGUUCAUUAUGAAGAAUGUUUGGCAUUGUAACUUCUGAAAGCUUAAUGUCUAUCGAAGGAGUAUAAAUUAAUUCUUUUAAAAAGAUGCAAUUGAAAUUUCUUUGUUCUGCAUUUUUAGACAGGAUUUCUGACUUACCUUUGUCCACAUGUUAACAUUGCUGUAUCGUUUCGUAUUGAGUUGUUUUAUGUUUAUGAAGACUUAAACCCAAACUGUUCAUUAUUUACUUUUGCCAUGUAUUCUCUAUUUUACGGCUUAUGGAAAUAUUUAUUUCAAAAAGACGAAUACUUCGUUCUCAUACUUGGACUUGAUAAUGCUGGUAAAACUACUUUUCUUGAACAGACAAAAACCAAGUUUUCUAAGAAUUACAAAGGCUUAAAUCCAUCCAAGAUAACUACUACAGUGGGAUUAAACAUCGGACGUGUCGAUAUGCAUGGUGUGAGAUUGAAUUUCUGGGAUCUUGGAGGUCAAGAAGAUCUGCAAGUUUUGUGGGAUAAAUAUUAUGCAGAGUGUCAUGCUGUUGUGUACAUAAUUGACUCAUCAGACAUUGACCGUCUUCAAGAAUCCAAAGAAGCGUUUGAUAAAAUGAUUACCAAUGAUGCUCUUGUGGGAGUACCAUUACUUUUAGUUGCAAAUAAGCAAGAUAUUCCAAAAUGUUUAACUGUUAAAAGAAUAAAAGAAGUCUUUAGAGAGAGCAAACAUCUCAUAGGUCGUAGAGAUUGUCAUGUUUUAGGGACUUCAGCUUUACAUGGAGAUGGAGUUCAUGAUGGUAUAGAAUGGAUUGUUCAUUGUGUGAGGCGAAAUACACUUCGCCCUCCUAAACGCAAUGAGGAUUCCUAGUACAGAAAUACUCAUCAGCGGAAAACAUUGUAAAUAAUAUCAGUUUCUGCUUUUAUCUUAUUGUUCUCUAAUGUAAAAUAUCUGUAAAUCUUUGAGCAUUAAAAAAUUUUUGUA